AUGCCUCGCUCAACGACAGUAUGGGCAGCCGCCCUGGUUCUGGCCAGUCUCUCUGGCUCUGGCCCGCUCCUUACGACAGCAGAGGCCAUGCCUGCACCGGGACCACAACAAACCCAAGGCCGUCCCCGAUACUACUUCGCUAGGCACGUAAAGCGACAAAUCGUUACCAAUGCGACGACCCCUGCGGCUACCCCAGAGCCAUCAACCAGCUACUCGUCCAGCAGCACUACUGAGCAACUCUCGUCCCGCCAGAUGGACUUCCCGUCCUUCAUUGAAUCGCUGUUCCGCGGUAGUUCCGAUUCAUCGGCUCUUGCCUCAUCCUCAGAUGUGCUUGUCAGCACCAGCGACGUAGACACCACUGGCACCUUGUCCUCCGCUUUGGCAGAGAGCUCCUCUACCGCACCUCUCUCAGAAAGCAGUGUCUUUUCACCGCCACCACCUGCGGCAUCGAGCUCUGCAGUCGAAUCGUCGAGCCCCAUCGUUAGCUCAUCAAGCCAAAUUCAGGAAUCAGUCACUGAGCCAUCGUCUACAGCUGCUCCUACGUCCACUUCCGAAGCAGCGCAAAGCGAGAAGCCUGUUGAGACCACCACAUCCGAGCCUACCACCGAACCUCAGCCAACAACCGCUGUUUCUUCAACGGCCGAGAUUGGCACUACCAGUGGUCUCCCCGAGACUAUUGUGCAGCCUACAUCAACCGCCCAAAGCAGCGCCGCAUCUUCUUCUUCUACCAAGGCCGACAGCCCUAUUCUCGGUCCUAUCCUCGGCUCCACUGGCCUCCUACCUGAGAUCAUCGUUCCACCAACUUCCACUGUCCAAAGCUCAGCUGCGGCCUCUUCGACCGCCGUUGAAGACACCCCAGCUUCUUCGAUCGCUCAGAGCUCAGCGGCAGCCCCAACCGGAGGACUGCCUGACGUGAUUGUACAACCGUCAUCCUCCGCUGUCGACAGCAAGCCAGCGCCUUCUACCGGUAGCAUUCCCGAGACCAUCGUGCAGCCCACUUCAGCUAUCGCACAGCCAACCUCGACGCCUCCUGGUGUUGAGAACACCCCUGCCUCGACAGGUGGACUGCCGGAUGUUAUUGUGCAGUCAUCGUCGUCAGCCGUUGACACACCUACUGCAACAACGACUUCUGCUGGUCUCGUUGGUGGACUUCUUUCAACGCUUCUCAACCCAAUCAUUGGAUCUACUGGCGGUGUACCCACAUCUGUUGUCCAACCUACCCAGGUAGUCUCAUCGACUGCUCCCCAGUCAUCUCAGCAAGCUGCCGGCUCCACUGGAGGCAUCCCAGAGACUAUCGUGACACCCACUGCGUCUCUUGCUUCUUCUGCUGCACCAAGCUCUCCUGCCGCAUCCAGCUUCCAGGGACCUUUCAUCGUCCCUGGAUCCACAGGUGGUGUUCCUGAGUCGAUUCUGCAGCCUACCUCAUCCGGCGGCUUGGUUGGUGGUCUGCUUUCAACGCUACUCGGACCCACCCCUACUUCUGAGGUCGGCUCCACUGGUGGUAUUCCUGAGACAAUUGUUCAGCCUACCUCUUCCGGUGGCCUUCUUGGUGGUAUCUUGUCGUCAAUCCUUCCACCCGUGCCUACUUCUGAAGUUGGCUCGACUGGAGGCAUUCCUGAGACAAUUGUUCAGCCUACCUCUUCCGGUGGCCUUCUUGGUGGUAUCUUAUCGUCAAUCCUUCCACCCGUGCCUACUUCUGAAGUUGGCUCGACUGGAGGCAUUCCUGAGACCAUCGUUCAGCCCACUUCGUCUGGGGACCUUCUUGGCGGGCUACUGUCGUCGAUUCUGCCACCUGCCGCCACUUCCGAGGUUGGCACCACUGGAGGUAUUCCUGAGACUGUUGUGCAGCCAACCUCAUCCGGUGGCCUAGUCGGUGGACUGUUGUCUUCGCUCCUCCCAUCAGAAGUUCCGACAGCCACCUCUCAGGUUGCUUCAACUGGCGCACCCCUCUUGCCAUCAUCCGGCAUUGUCAUCGGCAUCACUACGGCUUUGGGCACUGGUGAUUCUGCUGCUUCGACUGCGACACCGACUUCUCUCUUGAGCUCUGGAGCCAUUCCUACUUCGGAAACCGUAGCUACCAGCUCACCGAUCCUCGACCUACCGGGACUUGUAUCGUCGGUCAUAUCUGGUGUCCUGCCUACCGGUAGCGGCGUUGCAUCUACGGCACCCACCUCAGUAGCUUCUGCUAGCGCGUCCGGCAUUCUUCCUCCGGCACUCUCCUCGCUGUUGUCUUCAGCUGUCUCGGAUCUCCCUGUCUCAGUGGUGCCCAGUGCUAUAUCAAGCAUCCUGUCUGAUCUGAACUCGGUCCUGCCCACCGGCACUGGUCCUAUUAUCAUCCCGACUGUCUUGCCCUCAAGCUUGCUGUCUUCCGGAGUUCUCCCGUCGUCUGGCCUGCCAAUCUCGUCAGGUAUCCUACCAUCGUCUGGCGUCCUUCCUUCUUCAGGACUCUUGCCAUCCGGCGCUGUGCCUACCCCCACCUCUGAAGUUGUGUCUUCGUCUGGCGUGCCUGCCUCUGAGGCUCUCUCCUCUAGCGUUGGGCCUACAGCCUCCGAGACUGCAAGCAUCACACCUUCAGCAUCUUCAGGAACUGCCCUGCCCUCAGGCUCCGCAAGCUUGGGUAUCACUCCUUCUGGUACAGGUUCUAUCGGCACAUCUGCAUCACCGGUUCCAACUUCGUCGGGUAGCCAAUCUCUCACUGUCCCGGCUUCAGAAGGACCUUCGUCACCUUCUUCGACUGCCGCCACUACUCUGAAUCCUUCAAGUGCUGGUAACGCUACCCUCAGCGAUGCUCCCACUUCGUUCUUCAGCACCGGCUCUGUUGCUCCGUCAUCCGUCGUUGUGUCCACCCCACCACCCACUUCAGAGACGCCCAAGCCUACAUCCACCAAGGGCUCCGCUUCAAUCACUAUUCCAGCCCUGCCGACUACCACUAGCAAGGCACCGCCGGUCUUUUCCCUUACGCCGACCGCUACCGAUAGCGCAACUUCGCUCAUCGUUGGUACUAGCAUCAUCGUUGAGGCUUCGACUAUGCCAACCCCCAGCCCCACCGUCAGCAGCAUCCCCUCGAGUCUACCACAGAUGAUUGCGCCGCCUGGAGGAGUCCCUCCCGAGAGGCCGGACAACAGCUUCAUGGGCCAAGUGUGUUUCAAGUGGCCGCUCAACUACCCGUUCGUGUCUGCAAACGAUGGUGGGCAGCAAAUUUUCCACUACCUGCCAAUUGCUAUCGCAGACGGUUUGAACAUCUCAACCUCCGAGGUCAAGAACUUCGGUCUGAAGCCUCUUAACACCAUGGAGUACCAGGGUUUCAUCACCACUCUUGCCUUGUUCACCAUUCCGCAAGAUCUGCAGACGAAGCUCGCAGCGCAGCUCCGCAACCCCGCCGAUGCUUUCUGGCAUAACAAGAACUCCACAGUGAACGACCUCACGACCUUGAUCAACACCGCCUGCCCUCUCCCCGCAGGCAAGCUUCCGGGUGACAACAGCCCUGCCAAUGCGGCUGCCGAACCAGGUGCUGAGUCCACAGGUGGUUCCGGCGAUGGCGGUGCUAUGGGAGGCGACAUCGGCGCCAGCCGCACUGUCAACAAGACUAGCGCCAUCGUCGCUAGCAGUGCCAUUGUCGGUGCUAUCGCCUACGGUGCAGCCAUGUUCUUUGUUGCUCGCCGAUACAGGAACAAGCGUAUGGCUCACCAGCGCUCGAGCUCUGUCCCCAGCACUAGCCGCAUGACCUACGGUUCAAUUCCAGGUGGCGCUGCUGCUUGGAUGCAUGGCGCUCGGAAUGGUCGAAUGACGCCUGGUAGUCGCGGCAGCCAAGGCAGCAGUACCACUCAGGGUCGCAGUGUCCGAACACAGCAGAUCUCGGCUCCGGUCAUGGCUGAGAACUCUCUUGGCUGGAACUAA